AUGUUUUGUUCUCUUGUUCAAUGUACAAUUACAACAGGGAAAGCGUUCAUUAACCUGCCAGUAAGGCAGUUACUCUACCUUCAAGGAUCUUCAGCUGAUGAUGAAGUGCUCGAAUUGUGGCGUUCAUGCUCAGCCACACUACUGGUGGUGUUGGUGGUGGUGGCUGUUGCUGCUAAUCUUGCUCCGCCCCCUCGCUGCUGCCUUGACAGUCUUCCUCGCUGGCUCAUCACUCACAUCAUUCUUUGUAAAACAUCUCGAGAUUUAUUUUUAUUUUGGAAAAGCUUUGUUAAUACUGAAGCGAAGCGAAAGCAAGGCAACUUGCAACAUUCCAUCCCAAUUUCAUACCUGAUGGAUAUUGCGCUGCAGGCACAGACAAGGCCGGAUGCAAAUGGGAUUUCGUCGACCGCAUUCAGCGCCAGCAACCGUGCAAAACAUUAUGGAACGGACUCCUAUACAAGUGCAUACCAGUAUCGGCCACUCGAUCAGACGAAACAGCAGAUCCGACUUGUGAGAUUAUAUCGCAAUCCCUAUGCAGAUCUUGAUGACCUAUCCUCUUCGCUCAGCAAGAUUUCUUGCAGCAUGAAUAUUUUUAAUCUGGACGAUGCUCCUCCGUAUACUACACUCUCCUACACUUGGGGUAGCCCGCUAUCUGUCCGAACAAUUCGCAUGGAUGGGAAGCAGCUUGUAAUCAGGAAAAACCUUCACGACUUUUUGAUGGCUUUCUGUAACGAUCCGGCAAAUACCUGUUACCUUUGGAUUGACCAACUUUGCAUUGACCAGCAGUCGAACUCCGAGCGAAAUCAUCAGGUUCAAAUGAUGUCACUGGUCUACCGGCGAUGCACAUGUGUUAUAGUAUGGCUUGACCUGCUAUCAGCCGAAGUAACGAAGGCAUUUUCAUCCGCUCCCAGCGUGCCGUUAGCGAGGAUGUUACUGGACAACAAUUAUUUCAGUCGUCUCUGGGUCAUUCAGGAGAUACAACUAUCUCCAGAAGCUUGGUUAUACUGUGGCCACACCUGGAUACCAUGGAGAGCACUUGCAAGAAUUGUAAAUAGUGCUGAAUACCACCAAGGCCACCGAUUGUCAUUCAAAGAGUGGUUGUUCACAAAAAAAUUCCUCUUGCCUCUUUUGACAGUUAUCUCGAGAUACGGUGCGGCCCAAUGUCAAGAUCCCAGAGAUAAAGUGUAUGGAUUACUCGGUCUCGUUCAUGAAGACCAAAGACCAGUUGUAGAUUACAGCAAGACACUGCCAGGUAUAUUCACGGAUGUGAUGAAUAUCCAUCUGAAACAUCACCACUUUCCGGCGUCCGGAGAUUUCUGGCUCUCAGAACGUUUGCCCUAUUUAGACCUAGCCGGGGCGCUUGGCUUCUGCCACUGUCGAAAGCAGGCCAUGAAUGAACUGAUAGACCGAGUUUUUGUCGAAAUCGAAGAGCAAACAUCAGUCAAACUUUUUGGUCUACCCCUUGUCGGCUUUGAUGAGGUGAACUCGACAAUAUCGACUCCAGAUCGCUUUUGGUUAGAAGUGCGAGGGCAAAGAGAGUACUUCGAAUGCCACGAGUCUGAUGGUCCUUGUCGAGCAUGA